AUGUCCCCCGUGGAUUCUGACGAGAAGAAAGCCUGCAGUCUGGAGGAACACGGGCCCUCGUGGGGAAGAGUCUACGCCAUUGCGCUCCACAAAAUGACGGAUCCCAGUCUGGCAUUGAGAAAGAACCAUCCAGAAGAAGACGCCAUUGCGUUCCCAGUAGAGCUCUGCCUGACGGGAGAGGCAGGUCUGGCUUGGGUUGCUUCGGCCUCCAGAAUAUCUAGAAUCACAGUGCGAAACACAGACACCCGGCCCUUCUGGGCUGCGUUGUCUAGAAAAGGAGAUCUAGAGAGAGGGCAAAGGCGGGCUCUGAUUGCGUCUCAUUUGGAGCCAACCUUUGCCAGGAACGUCUUCCCCUGCCUGGACGAGCCGGCUCUGAAGGCCACCUUCAACAUCACCAUCAUCCACCACCCCAGCUACGUGGCCCUGUCCAACAUGCCCCCGCUGGGUCAGUCGGAGAUGGUAGACCAGGACGGAAGCCGGUGGACGGUCACCACGUUCCACACCACGCCCCCGAUGCCCACGUACUUGGUGGCAUUUGUGGUGUGUGACUUUGACCGCGUCAGCAGGACGGAGCGGGGGAAAGAGAUCAGCGUGUGGGCCCGCGCGGACGCCAUUGCCCGCGGCCACGCCGACUUUGCCCUGAACAUCACGGGCCCCAUCUUCUCGUUUCUGGAGGAUUUAUUUAACAUCAGCUAUCCUCUUCCAAAGACAGAUCUCGUGGCUCUGCCCGUCUUCGACGCGCGGGCCAUGGAGAACUGGGGGCUGCUGAUGUUUGAUGAGGCCCUGCUGCUGCUGCCACCCAGCCAGGAUCUGGCGGAAAAAAAGACGCUCAUCUCCUACAUCGUGUCCCACGAGGUCGGACACCAGUGGUUUGGAAAUUUGGUCACCAUGAAAUGGUGGAAUGACCUUUGGCUUAAUGAGGGCUUUGCGUCGUACUUGGAGUUCGGGGUCACGAGCCACUUCAACCCCACGCUCCUCAAGAAUGAGCUCUUUUUUUCCAACCUUUUGUAUGGGGUCCUGAGAGAAGACCACGCCCUGGAGUCCAGGGCCGUGUUGGUGAAGGGAGAGAAUUUCACGGGAACCAAUGAGAUCGUCGGCCUGUUUGAUUUAUUCACAUACUACAAGGGAGCGUCUCUGGUCCGGAUGCUCUCCUGUUUCCUAAAUGAGCAGUUAUUUAUCGGCUCCCUGAGGUCGUAUUUGGAGGCGUUUUCUUACUCGAAUGCUGAGCAAGAUGAUCUGUGGAGCCAUUUUCAGAUGGCCAUAGAUAACCAGACACAGAUCGCUUUGCCGGCGACGGUGAAAGCCAUCAUGGACACGUGGACGCAGCAGAGUGGCUUUCCCGUGGUCACCUUGAACGCCUCCACUGGCGCCGUGACGCAGGAGCCCUUCUACCUGGAGAAGGCUGAGAACCGGACGCUCCUGGCCCACAAUGGCACGUGGAUUGUCCCUAUUGGCUGGAUGAGGAGCGGAAAGGCACAGUCUUUAGUCUGGCUAGAGAAAGACAGCAAAGUGUUCCCUGAAAUGCGGCUUUCAGAGUCUGACCAUGACUGGGUGAUUUUAAAUCUGAAUGUGACUGGAUAUUAUAGGGUUAAUUAUGAUAAAUUAGGUUGGAUGAAAUUAAGUGAGCAGCUUGAAAGAGAUCCUAAGGCCAUCCCUGUGAUACACAGACUACAGUUGCUGGGCGAUGCGUUUUUCUUGUCUAAAAACAACUAUGUGGAGAUUGAGACCGCGCUCGACCUAACCAAGUACCUUGCAGAAGAAGAUGAGAUCAUCGUGUGGAACGAAGUCUUGGUAAACUUGGACACCAGACACCUUGUUUCUGAUGCCAACAACUACGACUCAUACCUGUUACUGAAGAAGUAUCUGCUGAAGAGACUCCACCCCAUCUGGGAGGUAUACUCGGCGAUCAUCCGGGAGGACCCCGCGGCCUUGGAAGAUGACUUUCUGGCUCUCCUGUCGCUGGAAAAGCUGUUCAGAACCGCGUGCUGGCUGGGCCUGGAAGACUGCCUGCAGCUUUCCAGAGAAUUCUUCCGCAAGUGGAUGAGCCACGGAGACAAUGGGAUCCCGCGUCUGAUCAGGGAUGCGGUGCUGUGCUACGGCGUUGCCCGGGGAGGCGACAAAGAGUGGGACUUCCUGUUCCGAGUCUACGAGAACACCACGAGCGAGGACGACAGGCUUCCUCUGGCCUACGCCCUGAGCUGCAGCAGGGACCCCUGGACGCUGAACAGAUUCAUGGAGCACGCCAUCACCGGAUCCCCCGCCCAGACCAACGACACAGACUUCACGGCCACGGACACAAACAUCCUAGAAAUCGUAGCGGGCUCGGAGGUCGGCCUGUACGUCGCAAAAGACUUCCUCCUCAGUCACCGACAAGCCGUGGUUGAGAGACACGGUCACCUUUUUGGACGUGGUUUUGCGCUGUGUGUGGGACGCUCGGUGUGCUGACGGCUCUGUCUGCCUUCCCAGCUGCAGCGGGCCUUCGGAAGCAUGUUGAGUGAGGACCAGAGCAUGGCCGUGCACGCCAGGCUGCAGAUGAUAAAGAAGGAGAAUCUGAAGAGCAGAGAGCGGGGGGCCAGGAUAGCCGCGUGGCUCCGGAGGAAUGCAUAG